AAAGCCUCUCAGCUCUGACUCCUCUCUCUUCUCUUCCUGCGUCCUCAACAACACAGUCUUCCUAGCAUCAGGACACCUGACUGUGACGUCAUUCACCAUCAUCACCAUCAUCUGUCAGCCACCAACCAGCAGUACACGCUUCAUAUAACCAAGUUCAGCAAUCUGAGCAGACAUGUCAUCAUCAGUCCAAGUCCUCCAAACAUCAAAGAAAAACAACUCAUCAGUCCGCUCCAGGUUUUACUGCAGAUCCACAACUCAAACAGGUUCUGAUGAGUGGAGGAUUGUUCUGGUUGGGAAGACGGGAGUGGGGAAGAGUUCAGCAGGAAACACCAUCUUGGGUGAAGAAGAAGUGUUUGAGUCUGAACUGUCUGCAGAGUCCGUCACAUCUGAUUGCAAGAAAGAAAGAAGAGAAGUUGGAGGGCGAAAGGUUGCUGUCAUCGACACUCCAGGACUGUUUGACACAACUUUACCCAAUGAAGCUGUGUUGAAGAAGAUCAAGAUGUGCAUCGGUCUGUCUUCUCCUGGUCCACAUGCCUUCCUGGUGGUUCUUCAGCUGGGCAGGUUCACAGAGGAGGAGAAACAAUCAGUGAAACUGAUUCAAGAACAGUUUGGUGAAGAUGCUUCUAAAUACACGAUGGUGCUGUUCACUCAUGGAGACAACCUGAAGAAAAAAACCAUUGAAGAGUAUCUCUCAAAGAGCAAAGACCUGACAGACAUCGUCCAGAAGUGUAACAGCCGUUAUCACGUCUUCAACAACAACAAAGACGACCCGUCACAAGUCCGUCAGCUUCUGGAUAAAAUAAAGAGGAUGAUUGAUGAGAAUGGAGGGUCACACUACACCACACAAAUGUACCUGAGAGCAGAGGAAGCCAUCGAGAGGGAGAAAGAACGAAUCCUGAAAGAGUCUGAAGCCAAGAGGAACAAAGAGCUGGAGGAACUGAAGAGGGAACACAGCGGAGAAAUGUUGAAGUUAAAAGAGGAAAUGAUUAAACAAAAACAUGAGUUUGAAGCGAGGCUUACAGCUGAAAAAAAUAAUACUGUACAUGAAACUCAUCAUCAUUAUUACAUCUGUGUGAUCAGCUAAGAAGCUGCAGCUAACUGGUGCAACAGCAAGACAGAAAAAUCUUAAAUUAAUGCUGAAUGCAGAAAGAGAGUAAAGAAGAUUGUUUUAUUUGAUUUAUUGUAGAUCAUCUGUCAGUAUGUCAAUUAUUAGUCAGAUUAAUCAAAAUAAAGUCACAUGUAGUACAAAACAGAUAUUAUUCAUGUUGUCCACUGGUUCCCAGUCGCUGCCCGCAUCAAAUUCAAAACUCUGACACUCGCUUACAAAACAGCAACUAAAACGGCUCCCGCCCACCUGAACUCCCUCAUUCAGGUCUACACACCUCCUGCCCACUACGCUCUGCCAAUGAAAGGCGCCUGGUACCAUAACAGGACCCUAAGUCACUAGCUAGACUCUCCUCCUCUGUAGUUCCCGGGUGGUAGAACGAUCCGCAGAGUCUCUCUCAAUCUUUAAGAAAAGACUAAAGACCCAGCUCAUUGGCAAACACCUCUGCAUUUGAUGGACUGGAGGUAGAGAAAAAAGAAAACAAACAAACAAAAAAAAUCUGCUUCCAAGGACUCUAUGCGUUGCCUCUGUGUGCCACCUGUUGGCAUCUACGUCCUAUCAGACUCAAACUUAGCUUUAUGGCUCUUACUGGUGUUGUUCUCCCCUGCCUAGAAUCUCAGAUGUACGUUACUUUGGAUGAAAAUGUCUGCUAAAUAAAAUUGUAAAUUGUAAUGAUGUCUGGAACAGCUGCUGUUUAUCAUACAGAUCUGUAUCUCUGGACUGAGUGCGCUCCACAGAGAAAAAUAUAAAUGUUAAUGAAAAUAUAUAUAUAUGUUGAUUAAAAUGUAUGCUUGGAUUAAUAAAGUCUGGUUUGGGAUAAUAAAUCAUAUUCAAAGGGUAUAAAAAUACACACAAUUAAUACAAAACAUGUAUAGAUGAACAACUUGUUGACUUUUAUUAAUAAAACACAUACAUGGAUAAAUAAAUUGUCUGCCUUCAUCAGUAAAACAUCCACAAAUUACUAACAAGGAUGCAUUUCCUGUCAUCUCUCUCUGCUGCCAUCUAACAAACA